GGUUAAAUUACCUCUCGAUGUAAACAAGCGAGCUGUCGUAAAAUUAUCUGAGAGUUUAUGAAUGAAAAGAAAACUGACAUUGUUUUGGUGUCAUCUGUGCUGUGUGGAAAGUGACCGCGCAGAGGUGACCACGCACACUUUGGAGGCAGGAUCAAGUUAGCUAACAACUUGUAGCCAGCCGGAGUUAGCUAACGGCUGCUCGUUUUAUUUGUAUUUUGUUUAACCUUUAUUUAACUAGGCAAGUCAGUUAAGAAUAAAUGUGUAUUUACAAUGACGCCCUACCCCGGCCAAACACGGACGACGCUGGGCCAAUUUUGCCCCGCCCAUGGGACACCCAAUCACGGCCGGAUGUGAUACAGCCUAGAUCUUUCCUGAAGUUGAAACUGUGCUCUGGGGAAGAGGUCCACAAGUGGUUGAAAGACUUUCAGAGAACAUCAGAUUUGACUUGGAGAAAAAGGUCCACUUCAGCCAGGAGUACCAACAACACAUGUUGUGGUGCAAUAAUGUACUUCAUCCCGAAGAGGUUGAUUCAUUCGCAACGAAGAGAAUCAAGACAAGUCAAAACAAAGUUAUUAAAUCUCCAUAUGAAAGGAGGUUGCCUCUUUCAUGGGCGUUUACGGAAUGGCGACAACCACAGUCUGACAAGUGCUGAGGUGCUGAAGAGGAGAAAUGUGUCAGCGGACACCAUUGAGAAAUUGACAAAGCUGUUUGAAAUAGGCCACUCUCUUUCAUCAGCUCUAAACAUGAUCAAAUAUGAGUUGCAUGUGGAGUAUGGAGACAACCAUGUGCAUGCCUCUGUGGACUCCUCCAUUUGCCCCAGCUUCAAUUCUGCUACAAGUCAGUUGCUUGACACACUUGAUCUGCUGAUUCAGACAGUGUAUUUGAAUGUUAUCACCAGAAAUCAUUUUCCUACAAUAGACUGUGGCAACGUGUCUGAGGACACUGUUGUAAUCGAGUGUGCUCCCGUUUCUGAUGUAAACGGCUCAGGUACAUCUGGAAAACCAGCUGAGGGGGCGACGUUAGAGGACGACGGGAUGGAGAUCUUUGAAGACCUCAAAAAGAAGAUGAGGGAGGAUCUUGUGAGUUUCAGGCCUAAAGUAGCAUCCUUUGUUUCCAGCUUCAAGAAGAUGAAAACAGACAGUGAACUCAUAGCCGCUCUAUCAAACUUUGGCAAAACCAACCCUGGACCAACAGCAAAGUUUCGCCAGGGACACGCACGCCCUGCAAAGAGCUCCAUAGGAGAGCGUGGACAUGGCACAUGCUGCUGGAAGAGGAAGGCACCCCAUUGAAUGUCUGUGUGUGAAAUAACACAUGGACAUUGGAAGUACUACACAAAAAAAAGCAAGUCAACAUCAGUGGCCCCAUGUGCCCAUCAUCCACCUGCUCACCAUCUGCAACCUUCAGUGCACUAGCGCUCUGCCCUCAAACACCCCCCAUCUGCCUACCAGCUCUAGGUCAACUCCGCCUUGAACAAAUCCAGUGGCUAUUUCAAUGCAUUGUGGCCUCUACAACACUAGAUCUAGUGGCUAUUUCAGUAUUGCAUUCUUGCCUUUUGGUUUUACGUUCAUUCAAUGCAAGACGUUUCUGCAAUUUCAUAUGUUUUGGAAAUUGAUUCCAUGUUGAUGGACCAUCAGACUUUAAAAAGCUGUUCUUCCAACCCAGUUGUAGAUUUACAGGCCUAUAUACCGGUGUACACUACCAUUCAAAAGUUUGGGGUCAUUUAGAAAUGUCCUUGUUUCUGAAAGAAAAGCCCCAUUAAAUUAACAUCAAAUUCAUCAGAAA